CCCUCUAUCAAAAAUGAAUGCGUGGGCAUCUGUCUGGCGGAAAAGACACCCUCACACACACGGAUGGACCCAAUGCACACAUAUCACGACGUCACGGCCCAAUCGUCGGGCGGACACAACUUACCCACAGCGACGUGUGGAUAAGUAGUUACGAUGGUCUUCUCGGCCGUCGUUGAGCUGCUGCGUCGUGUCUCAGAAUGUUGAUCUCGGAAAUAUAAAACGUAGACAGCGAUCGAUCGAUCUGCAGACACGAGGACAGCACCCAAUGGUAGCGAAGGAAGUAAUGUUUGUUGUCGUUGGCGUCUCACCUGGCUUAGCAGAUCUUCAUCCCGCAGGAAUAUGGCGUGGUCUUCGAUAAACGAGACAUCCAAAUAUAAAACGUAGGCGGCGAUUGACAACAACCUGCACACAAAACACUCGGAGAAGUGUCAUCAACUGACUGACUCACUGAUGUCACUAUCUCACCUCUGUUGCCUGCGAUCACGCCGAAGCUCAUACAUCAGGCGCAAAAAGAGGCCAUCCAUGUCCACGCCGCCUUGCCGAGCUCGAUAGCGUCGCUGUAGGUUGGCCGCCCUGACCUCCCAGAGGCCAUCGCCUACCCUCGUCCACCACUCCCACUCGUCGGGUGUGGGGUUGUAGUGCCAGCCCUCCUUGGCCGGACCGCCGUAGCUCACCACCUUGGCGUGUCCCCACUUGUACGGCACGUGGUCGGCGGGGAUGUUGCUGCCGUACAUCAUGGGCGGGUGGGCCGGGGGCGGGGAGAGCAGAUGUGGUGCUCGUGUGCUGGGGUGGGGUGGGGUGGGUCGUGUAUGUGUGUCGGGCUGGGUGUGGUGGGGAUGUCGGGUGUGGGCUGCCUUGAUAUCCGGCAGGAGGACGGCCUUCUGGCGUGUGGCUGGUGGUGGGAUGGGGGGCUCGGGGUUGGAGGGCGGCUCGGGUCGUGACGCGUACGCAUCGAUCGGCACCUCUGCAGGCUGGGGGCUUGGCGGCGGUAGUACGGGUGGCUCUGCUGGUGCUGGUGACUCUGGUGAGUCGGGCAUGGCGCGAUACGACGCCGGGGAGGCGCCAAUCUCCCCUGACGCCGUGUCACUGCCGCAAUCGUCAGCACCACCUGACACACACGACACAUACAGACAGACAGACACAGAGAGGGAAAGAGGCAUGUGGGAUGGAUAGAUGGAUGGAUGGAUGGAUGGAUGCCACACACACACACAACUCAUACAGUACACGUGACUCACCCGCAGCAGCAGCAGCAACAUGGCCAGUCGUCUCCAACGACUUCUCACUCAUCGGUGGCAGGGCGACGGGCACCUGCAGGCUGGUGCCGUUCUCCGUGGCCUGCCUGACCUGCUCCAGCUCCAGCAGCUGCAGGGCGCGGACCAGCUGGUCUUCUGAGUCUGCGAUGGUCCCCCUCUCGCUCUGUCUGCGCCGCAAUCCCUUGGCCGCGGCGCCUCCCACGAUCUGCUGCCACUGGCUCAACCACUCGAGCCCCGGGAACGCUGUGAGGACUUCCUCGGGGCGUACAUAUGGGCUCGCCGAGAAGGUCUUUGCGGCAGUCGAGUGGCCGGCCGUCUUGGGUGAUGAUGGUGGCCGUGUAGUGAUCCAAGUCGGCCAGCAGCAGCUCCUGGGCCGCCUUAUCCGCCUCAUCCUCCUCAGCUGCUCCCAGCGCCUCGGCGUCCCUGAUGGCGGUCUCCACCUGCCAUUCCGCGCUCAUGACGGAGCUCAUGGCCCUGGCGAUGCCGGUGACGAUGGUCGGCUCCUCGAGCAUGAGAGCUUCCGACUUGCCCUCACCCACCAGCAGCCCCUCCGCCCUCAGCUCCUGCCGUGUUCUCUUGAGGCCGGCAUUGAUGCGACCAACGGCUCUCGCGGCCUCCUCGUCCGCCUCGUCGUCGAUCGGCCCCUUCAUGGCCACCCAGAGCUCCGGCGACACGUGCCAGGGCGUGCACCCCUCGGGAUACUGCCCUUGGGCGGCUUGGGCGGCCUUGUCCAGGGGCAGCACGACGACGUGGGGGCCCAAGUAGGCUGGUGGUGGCGGUGAGGGGAGGGAGGCGGGAGGGGUGGGGGCGAGGGUGUUGGCCAAGUCCAACAGCACCGUGCCGGCGGCCGUGUCGGACUGCUGCAGCUCACUGCUGGAGCUCUGAAGGGCAUCCUUGGAGAGCAUGACGUUGUGGUGGAAAUGGUCGAUGCAGAGUGCGCGGCGAAUGGCGAGUCUGUGGGCUUUGGCGGUGCACAGGAGGGCAUUGGUGAGCAUGCUGACGCUCUCCAGCACCAUCUGCCUCACCAUCCUCAGCAGCUGCGGGUCGACCGCCUCCCUCGCCUUGUUGGCCAGACACACAGCGACGUUCAGCCGCUCCUUCCGAUUGCUCAACUCGACAAACUCGUGCUCUUUAUCAGCACCAACUACAUAUCAAUCAGAAACAAGGAGAAAUGAGGACCUCAGGCAUGUGCGCAUCUGUGUGGGGUGUGGAAGCAAGCUCACUCUUCACUAGCGGCAUGGCUAUGCACAGGGCCGGGAUGGCAUCCCCUCUCGUGUUGGUGUAGGUGGCGGGCGCCUGCGGGUCCACCUCGGCGGCGUAGAGCUUGACGAAUGGAGGCUGGCCGCCGAAUUGGCGCAUGCGACCAGCCUCCACGCUCAGCACCUACCAAGCUUCGCAACUCGCGAUGAGGGCUCUCUGUUGGCGAGGAAUGAGAGGAUGAGGAGG